CACAAUGGUUGCCCUUUUAACGGUUGCUGAGUCCUUACCUCAAAUAAAUGUGAACGAGCUACAAUCAGUAAAGCUGUAAGAACCCACCCACACACACAAUGGCAGCCCAAGGCAAAAGAGCAAACAAAAAAAGCAGACCGAAGCAGGACGGACACAAAGGACAACGAGCUGAGCCCACAUCCUUGGCCUGUCGCUUUCAAUGGCAAUUGCCCAAAAACGAAAGAAGAGAAACGUUUGCUGUGACUAGAAUGGGACUGUCCACAUGCAUAGUUGUGGAGCAAUCCAUCACACAGGAGUCAGUGAAGCGAAGGCGCUAUGCCAUAGUGCCGACUGUCCGGCCAACGCAAGGGGCAACCGGCGCACAAGUCACGUGUGCUGUCACUCCAAAGAGCUGCUCCCACGCCCAUCUGCUAGCCAGAUGCAAUUUGUGCCGUAACAAGUUAACACCCGCAGCAACCAGACUAAGUAAGAAGACAGCCAACAACUAACUGUUUUAUACAAAUAAAACUAGCA